CGGGCUUUCUACGGGCGCAUGCGCUCUGGGAUAGUCGAGUGCUGCCAGGGCGGAGAAAAUCAUGUCCUUCUUUCGGUCCCUGCGCCUUUUUCAGCACCUGGGGUCCCGGAGCAGGCCGGUGCCCCUGGGGUCCCGUCCCCUCCACGCGGGAGUCAUGGGGUCCGAGGCCGGGUCCAGCAAGGAGCUGCUGAAGAAGCUGAGGCGGAGGACCGGCUAUUCCUUCACUAAUUGCAAGAAGGCGCUGGAGACUUGCGGGGGCGAUCUGGCCCAGGCAGAAGUUUGGUUACAUAAGCAGGCCCAGAAAGAAGGAUGGAGCAAAGCUACUAAACUUCAGGGAAGAAAAACUAAGGAAGGAUUGAUUGGAUUAUUACGGGAAGGGAAUUCAGCUGUAAUGGUGGAGGUGAACUGUGAGACAGAUUUCGUUUCUAGAAAUUUAAAGUUUCAACAACUAGUUCAGCAAGUGGCUCUUGGAACCAUGUUGUACUGUCAGAGUCUAAGGGAGCAGCUGUCCACAUACAGCAAGGGCUUUUUAGAGACAAGUGAGCUUUCUCAACUGAGAGCUGGACCCAACAGAGAAGGCUCUCUUAAGGACCAAUUGACUUUAUUUAUUGGCAAACUGGGAGAAAAUUUGACUCUUAAGCGAGCUGCAUGGGUGACUGUACCAAAUGGAUUCUACAUUGGUUCUUAUGUACAUGGAGUGGUGCACAGUCCCUCUCUCAGUAACAUGGUGCUUGGGAAAUAUGGUGCAUUAGUCAUCUGCCAGACAUCUGAAGAGAAAUCGAACCUUGAAGACCUUGGCCGCCGACUUGGUCAGCAUGUCGUGGGAAUGGCUCCUUUGUCUGUAGGCUCAAUGGAAGAUGAGCCUAGUGGAGAAGAAGAAACAAGGAUGCUUGCCCAGCCCUAUCUGCUGGAUCCUAGCAUCACGUUGGGGCAAUAUGUAAAGCCCCAGGGUGUGUCUGUGAUAGAUUUUUUGAGGUUUGAAUGUGGAGAAGAUUUAGGGACUGCAAAAACAGAAUAGGCUUCCUGGACAUUUUGGACCUUAAAAAUAUAUUAACUGAGUCACUCCACAUUCUGAGAAGACUGGUUUAAUUAUUGUUUCAGUAAUACAACUGAUUUUAUGGUAAAACUGAAAAGAUUAAAAGAUUAUUCAAUGUAGGAGCGCUAAAUAAAGAUACUUUCCUCCUUAGAGAA